GAGAAAAAUUAAGAAAAAAAAAUGAGGAAACCAGAGGUAGCAGCAAUCGUGGCCACUCAUCAAGUAAAGAAGAUGAAGAAGGGACUUUGGUCUCCAGAGGAAGACUCAAAGCUGAUGCAGUAUAUGCUAAGCAAUGGGCAAGGAUGUUGGAGUGAUGUUGCUAAAAACGCAGGUCUUCAGCGUUGUGGUAAAAGCUGCCGUCUUCGUUGGAUUAACUAUCUUCGUCCUGACCUCAAGCGUGGCGCUUUCUCUCCUCAAGAAGAGGAUCUCAUCAUUCGUUUCCAUUCCAUUCUCGGCAACAGGUGGUCUCAGAUCGCAGCAAGAUUGCCUGGUCGGACCGACAAUGAGAUCAAGAACUUUUGGAACUCAACGGUAAAGAAAAGGCUAAAGAAGAUGUCUGAUACCUCCAACCUCGUCAACAACUCCUCCUCAUCACCCAACGCAAGUGACUCAUCUUCAAUUUCGUCCUCUUCUUUGGAGUUUAAAGACAUUAUAGGAAGCUUCAUGUCCUUGCAAGAACAGGGAUUCAUCAACCCCUCUAAUUUUACCAACAUACCAACCAACAACAAUCCAUUCACAACGCCACACAUGUUCAGCCACUCGUUUAAUGAAGACUCCGCCCCUUAUGCAGAUGGUUUAUAUGGAGUAAAUAUAGGGCUGCAUGGGGAACUAUACUUUCCACCUUUGGAAUGUGAAGAAGGUGACUUGUACAAGGCAGAUAUUAACAACCACUUAGAAGACGUAAACACUAAUGGAGCUGGAUCAAACGUGCCUGAGAGUAUGAGAAUGGAAGAAUAUUGGGACCUUGACCAGUUGAUGAACACUGAGGUUCCUUCGGUUUACUUCAACUUCAACCAGAACAUAUAAAAAUUUACGUUAUCUUAUUCUUUUUCUGAGCGAAAUUAUACUCAAGAUACAUAGUCACACAUAAAUGCAAAUAUAUAUACACAUGUUGUUGUAGUCUUGUAGAUAGAUGAAAACUUAGAGAGUCUUUUGUAUUUUGAAUAAUAUUUCCGUGCUAGGGCUUGAAGUGCCAUGUCUAAUGAUUAGAUCUAUAUGUAAUACAUAUAUGAUAUAUAUCUUAAUAAAAAUUAGAAAUAAGCAUAUACAAGAUUAAGUACUAAAGUGUAUAGUCGAUUCUCAAAUCUUGCACAAAAUACUACAAGUGU